AUGGCCGAGCCGCGGCCCGGGCUGGCGGUGCGCUUCCAGCGCCGGUUCCUGGCGGCGCGGCCGCUCCGCUCGCUGCCCUGGCCGGAACUCGAACAAAGCCUGCGGACUGCGCCGGACUCUGCGCUGCUGGCGGAUAUUCUGGACAAGACAAUUCUUCACCCUCUGUGUGUGAAAUAUCCCCCUUCAGCCAAGUACAGGAGGUGCUUCCUGACUGAGCUCAUCAAAAAGCUUGAAUCCACAGCAGCUGAACCCCUGGAUGAACUCUACGAGGCCCUGGCAGAUGUUCUAAAAGAAGAAGAAUCUACUCACUGUUACAAAAACUACUUACUGCCCACGGGGGACUGUGUGAGCCUCUCCGAGAGCAGGGCGCUGAUCUCCGGGGGCACCACGGGGCUCGUCACGUGGGAGGCUGCGCUGCACCUGGCGCAGUGGGCACUGCAGAACCCCGGCCUGUUCAGGGACAGGACAGUCCUGGAAUUAGGGAGUGGGAUUGGUUUCACUGGAAUUGCCAUCUGCAAGGCCUGCCAACCCAGGACAUUCAUAUUUAGUGACUGCCACCCCCGUGUUCUCAGACAGCUGGGAGAAAACAUCCAGCUAAACGGCUUCAUCCCAGAGCCUGACGCGACCUGGAGCAUCCAAACAGAGUCCCAAGGACAGGAGGUGGAAGGAGAGAGGUGCCAAAACCCAAAAGUGAUCGUUGCUGAGCUUGACUGGGGCUCAGUGACAGAAAAACAACUGCUGGGUCUCAGAGCUGACGUUGUCAUUGCAGCAGAUGUGGUGUAUGAUCCUGAGAUAAUUUCAGCCCUCGUUGGGAUGCUAUGGAAACUCUCCACCUCCAGAGCAGACAGGAAAGCUCCUGAGGUGUUCAUUGCUUCCACAAUCCGAAAUCCAGAGACGUAUCAGCUGUUCCAGGCUGAGCUGGAUAAAGUUGGCAUCAGGUGGCAGAUGAUUCCAGCCCACAGCAGCUGUGAUUUUCUCUACGAUGAGCAGCCAGAUGUAACUAUUCUACAGCUAUUUAUAUAGGCCUGGCAAACAGAACUGGAAUUUUGGGACCAACAGGAGCUGUCUCAGCCUUGUAACAAGAUUAUCCUGAAUUCUGGAAACAAGAGGUUCUGAGGAUACAACUGUACCCAUGGACAUGUGGACACACAUCCUUCCUUCUGUAAUUCCCAGCAUGGAUCCAAGGCAGCUGCUGCCCCUGGGAAGUGACUGAACCUCGAGCAACAGAAACCAAAAAGCCCCAAUCACACUCCAUGUAGAUUCUGAGAAGACAACAGAAUUCAAGUGGGAUGUUUUCCCAAGUGUGUUGUGAUUUGUAAGUACUGAGGGCAACCAGCAGGAUCACAGGAUGAGGAUCUCACACAAAGGUGCAAAACAAUGUUUCAGAGUAAUCAAUGGGUUUUGAUACAAAAACCA